AUGAUGAACAGCAACUAUAAAGUUUGCCGUACCAUUGCUGAUGUGAAAUCGGCGAUUUCGUCUGAAAAUAAUUCAUUUGAUGUUCGCAUCGAAUCUGAUUUGCCCGAAUCGACGACAACUGAGAAAUGUAUUUUGGGAAUUGACGAAGCUGGCCGUGGUCCUGUCCUGGGUCCAAUGGUAUAUGGUACAUCUUACUGUUCAGUAGACAAUCAAUCCAUACUAAAGACACUAGGAUGUGCCGAUUCUAAAGUCUUGUCUGAACAAGCCCGAGACGAUAUCUUUGAUGGAAUAACAAAACAAUCUGAAAUACUUGGAUGGGCUGUACACAUUAUAUCACCGACUACAAUAAGCAAUUGUAGCUUUAGGAGGCAAAAGUGUUCUUUGAAUGAAAUUUCACAUAAUGCUGCCAUUGGUUUAAUACAACGAGUAUUGGAUAGAGGAGUAAAUAUUUGUGAAGUAUUUGUAGAUACUGUUGGACCACCCGAAAAGUACCAAGAAAAAUUAUUAUCAAUAUUCCCUCAACUAAAAAUCACAGUGUCUAAAAAAGCUGAUUCUUUGUUUCCAAUUGUAAGUGCUGCUAGUAUUUGCGCUAAAGUAACUCGUGACGCUGCGUUAAAAAAUUGGAAAUUUAUUGAAAGGCCUGGAGAAGAUAUUGAUUCGAAUUGGGGAAGCGGAUACCCAAAUGAUCCUGUAACAAAAGAAUAUUUAAAAAAAAACAUAGAUCCGGUGUUUGGAUUUCCUAGUAUUGUACGAUUUUCUUGGUCUACAGCAGAAUUGGUACUAAAAAACAAUGCAGCACAAGUAGACUGGUCUGAUGAAGAAGAGGAUGAAGACAAAAAAUCAGUACCUAUAACUUCAUUUUUUGGUCAAAAUAGUAAACAAGUUCAACAAAAAACACCUUUUUUUGAUGAUAGAGGUUUAAUAGUUACAACUAAAUUUUAG